UGACCUCCAUGUGGGGAGCUCGAGCUCUAUAAGUAAACACUCGGCGCGGCCGAGACAAGGCCCCUUCCUCUCUGUGAGGCGGAGGCUGCGCGCGGUCCGGGCGGGUUCCGGCUUCCUCCCCCGCCCCCUCGGCCGGGUGGGCGGUCGCGUGGUUGGCCGCGUCCGUCCUCGCCCGCCCUUGCGUUCGCCCAGGCGCCGCGCGCGCGGAGAACCGGAGCCUUCCGGGGGAAGCGGCGGGAGCCGGGCCGGGCGGGGCGCGGCGGCCCGAGCGCAGGGUAGACAAAGGGGGCCGGGACCCCUGUCCCCCGCGCCGCGAUGUGGAUCCAGGUCCGCACCAUCGACGGCUCCCAGACGCGCACCAUCGAGGACGUUUCCCGCAAAGCCACCAUCGAGGAGCUGCGCGAGCGGGUGUGGGCGCUGUUCGACGUGCGGCCCGAGUGCCAGCGCCUGUUCUACCGGGGCAAGCAGUUGGAGAAUGGAUAUACUUUAUUUGACUACGACGUUGGACUGAAUGAUAUAAUUCAGCUGCUAGUUCGUCCAGACUCCAGUCUUCCUAGCACUUCUAAGCAGAAUGAUGUUCAGGCUAAACCCCGUUCUAAUAAUCAGCCUAAAGUGAAGAAAACAGCAAGAGGGGGAUCUUCCAGCCAGCCAUCUACAUCAGAUCGUACUUGUCUUAUUGAUCCUGGCUUUGGACUCUAUAAGGUAAAUGAAUUGGUGGAUGCCAGAGAUGCCGGCCUUGGUGCUUGGUUUGAAGCACAUAUACGUAGUGUUACUAGAGCUUCUGACGGACAUUCACGUGGCAAAACUCCACUGAAGAAUGGCAAUUCUUAUAAAAGGACUAAUGGAAAUGUAAAUCAUAAUUCCAAAGAGAACACAAAUAAAUUGGACAAUGUACCCUCUACGUCUAAUUCAGACUCUGUUGCUGCUGAUGAAGACGUUAUUUAUCAUAUCGAGUAUGAUGAAUAUCCAGAAAGUGGUACUCUAGAAAUGAAUGUUAAGGAUCUUCGACCACGAGCAAGAACCACUUUAAAAUGGAAUGAACUGAAUGUUGGUGAUGUGGUGAUGGUUAAUUACAAUGUAGAAAAUCCAGACAAAAGAGGAUUUUGGUAUGAUGCUGAAAUUACUGCACUGAAGACAAUCUCAAGGACCAAAAAAGAAGUUCAUGUGAAAGUGUUCCUGGGGGAUUCUGAAGGAACAUUAAACGACUGCCUUGUGGUGUUUGUAGAUGAAAUCUUCAAGAUUGAGAAACCUGGAGCCCGUCCUCUUUCCUUUGCAGACGGAAAAUUUUUAAGGAAAAAUGACCCUGAGUGUGACCUGUGUGGUGGAGAUUCAGAUACGAAAUGUCACAUGUGUUCUUGCCAUAAAUGUGGAGAGAAACAGGAUCCCAACAAGCAGCUUCUGUGUGAUGAGUGCAAUAUGGCGUAUCAUAUCUACUGCCUGAGUCCACCUUUGGAUAAAAUCCCGGAAGAAGAGUACUGGUAUUGUCCUUCUUGUAAAACUGAUUCCAGUGAGGUUGUAAAGGCUGGGGAAAGACUCAAGAUGAGCAAGAAGAAAGCAAAGAUGCCUUCAGCUAGCACAGAAAGCCGGCGAGACUGGGGAAGGGGAAUGGCUUGUGUUGGCCGUACAAAAGAAUGUACGAUUGUCCCCUCAAAUCAUUAUGGACCUAUCCCUGGUAUUCCUGUUGGGUCAACUUGGAGAUUCAGAGUUCAGGUGAGCGAAGCAGGUGUUCAUAGGCCUCAUGUUGGUGGCAUUCAUGGUCGCAGCAAUGAUGGGGCUUAUUCUCUCGUGCUGGCUGGAGGAUUUGAAGAUGAAGUUGACCGAGGUGAUGAGUUCACGUACACUGGAAGUGGUGGUAAAAAUCUUGCUGGUAAUAAAAGAAUUGGUGCACCAUCGGCUGAUCAAACACUAACAAACAUGAACAGGGCAUUGGCCCUAAACUGUGAUGCUCCAUUGGAUGAUAAAAUUGGAGCAGAAUCUCGGAAUUGGAGAGCUGGUAAGCCAGUCAGAGUGAUACGCAGUUUUAAAGGGAGGAAGAUCAGCAAAUAUGCUCCAGAAGAAGGCAACAGAUAUGAUGGCAUUUAUAAGGUAGUGAAAUACUGGCCAGAGAUUUCAUCCAGCCAUGGCUUCUUGGUUUGGCGUUAUCUUUUAAGAAGAGAUGAUGUUGAGCCUGCACCUUGGACCUCAGAAGGAAUAGAACGAUCAAGGAGACUGUGUCUGCGAUUGCAGUAUCCAGCAGGUUACCCAUCAGAUAAGGAAGGGAAGAAGACAAAGGGACAGUCAAAGAAGCAGACCAAAGAAGCCACCAAGAGACCAGCUUCAGAUGAUGAGUGUCCAAGUGCCUCCAAAGUGCUGAAGACAUCUGAGUCCACAGAAGCAGUAGAAGCCUUUCAACUCAGCCCUCAGCAGCAGCGCCUGAUCAGAGAAGACUGUCAGAACCAGAAGCUAUGGGAUGAAGUGCUUGCAUCUCUUGUAGAAGGACCGAAUUUUCUGAAAAAACUGGAACAGUCUUUCAUGUGUGUGUGCUGCCAAGAGCUGGUGUAUCAGCCUGUCACAACAGAGUGCUUGCACAAUGUCUGUAAGGAUUGCUUACAGCGCUCCUUUAAGGCCCAGGUUUUCUCCUGCCCUGUUUGCCGGCAUGAUCUCGGCCAGAAUUACGUCAUGAUUCUAAAUGAGACUCUGCAGACUCUACUUGACCUGUUCUUCCCUGGCUACAGCAAAGGGCGGUGAUCUGCGUGCUUCUGUGUUGUUCCGGUGGCUUUUGGACAAUAUCGAGUCUAAAAUGAGUGGGGGUGGUUAAAGCAAUGCUGGACCAUGUCUCUCAUUUGGAAGCAGCUGCUCCUCUUUCCCACAGCCAUCCUCCUGUGUGUGUAGUAAGAGGCCCAUUCUCCACUGUCUUUUAGAUAUCAAAAGGUAGUUCUUCUCAGUAACAACUCAUAAUGAAGAGUCAAAGCCUCCACUGUAGUUGAUACCCAAUUUAUGAUUUAUUUUGCAACUACCUCAGGACAGAAAAGAUUUAUGGGGAUUUUAAAAAAAAUCAUUGACUAAUUAGUUAAAUGAGAUUUUAGCUACACACUGCCUCCCAAAUAUUAGUUGUGUCUGUUUCUUGUAAUUUGCUUUUCCAGGAAAGAAGACAAAUGAGAUUGUUGGAAUGAACACAGCUUCUGUAAUAUGCAUAGUACUUUUUUAAAUGUGUCUGUUUCCAUCACAGUGUGUGUUUUACAAGAACAGGUUCACUUUUUAACUCAUUUGUGAUCUCCAUUGUGGUUUUUUUCUGGUGUUUUAUGCCAAUUGACUACUAAUGACUAAUGAGAACAAUAUGAAUGCGUUGUUGCUGCAUUAGUGUAAUGUGGUGUGGUUUCGCAAUGACAGAGGCGUCUGAAGCUCUAGUUGUACAUGUUCAUGAAAGCCACUCCUGUCGUAGGCUGGCCGCUUUAGUAAUUCUUACUAGUUUUCCAUCUGCAGAUUAUGAGGGCUGUGCUGACUUUUGAGAAGAUUGAAAUUGCUUCACAUUGUGAUCCUAAAUUUUAUAUUCACUAUAUUCCUUAAGAGUAUUCCUUAAUAAAUAUUUUAUGAUCAGACAAUGGCA